GCAUAUUCAAUCGCGUCAUGAAUGAAUGAUCGUUUUUCGUUGUUCUGCCCCUUCUGUUUUGACCUGUUUUUUGACACGCCACUGAGGUCCAUGGAAAUUUGGCGUGGCCGCUUUUUCCCGAGGAUAUUUUUUUGCUAAACUUGUGGAUUCGAUCUCGGCGACAAACGCAACCAACGCACGAAACGCUAGACGUAGCAAAGUUGCAGCGUUGCAGCGAGAGUGGCGCGCGCGGUCGAGCCGAACGUUGGCGAGUGACAGGUGGUUUGACGUUUGCCCGCCGCCAUCGUCGUCAGCACGGCCUGCCAUAUUGCGCGUGAUAAUCGGAGGAGUAAGCGAGAUUUGCAUCGACGUUCGUGCGAACUCGAUGACACAGUGAAUCGAGCUUACAGAUCGAGAACGAGCGCGCGGACAACGCCAACGCCUCUCUGCGAUUCCAGUUCGAGUAGCAGUAGCGACCAGUUUAAGAUUCCUGUGCACGACGCCGAUCUACGAGCGUGUGAGUUCAAAAUGUCGACAGGUCCAUAUAAUUAUUCCUAUAUUUUUAAAUAUAUCAUCAUAGGAGAUAUGGGAGUAGGCAAGUCAUGCUUGCUUCAUCAAUUUACAGAAAAAAAGUUUAUGGCGGAUUGUCCACAUACCAUUGGUGUAGAAUUUGGGACUAGAAUUAUUGAAGUAGCUGGACAAAAGAUAAAACUGCAAAUAUGGGACACUGCUGGACAAGAACGAUUUAGAGCAGUUACCAGAUCAUAUUAUCGGGGUGCGGCUGGAGCUUUAAUGGUAUAUGAUAUUACACGACGUUCAACUUACAAUCACCUCAGUAGCUGGCUGACAGACACGAGAAAUUUGACAAAUCCGAGCACUGUAAUAUUCUUAAUUGGUAAUAAGAGUGAUCUCGAAGGACAACGUGAUGUUACUUAUGAAGAAGCGAAACAUUUUGCUGACGAAAAUGGUUUAAUGUUCGUUGAAGCGAGCGCAAAGACAGGCCAUAAUGUAGAAGAAGCUUUCUUGGAAACAGCAAAGAAAAUAUUCCAGAGUAUACAAGACGGAAGAUUGGACCUAAAUGCGGCAGAAUCUGGUGUGCAACAUAAUCCCAGUCAACCAGGUCGCACAAGUCUUGGAGUGACUAAUGAACAGCAAGGAGCAAAGGACUCUUGCUCUUGUUAGGUCUUAUUUGUUUGUAUAUAGAUAUAUUAAUUGAUCAAUACCACUAUUAAUGCAUAUAUAAUUUGUACUAAGUGUAGCUGGCAGAUUAUCUUGUAGCCUGUAUCCUCCCUUUGAUAAGCAGUCUACUUAAAAACCAAAAAAAAAAAAAAAAGAAAGAAAGAAAGAAAAAAAUCUGAAUAUGGAACAUGUUCACGAUAUUUUUUUUAAAUAGCGUCGAUCUACAAUAAUACAAAUGUUAUAAAUUUACGACACGAUGUAGAAACGUUUCGCAAAUGUGAGAAAUAACUCCAAUAACGCUACUAGUUUUUUGACGCGGCAACGGUCUCGAUCGAAAUCGAUUAAUAAACCUGCUUUUUUGUAUAUUUACUGCAACUUACUACAUACUAUUUAUAUAUUACGUGCAUUUUGUUGUGAAGCAGCGAGCCUAUUCUGUAACUUUCAACGCAUGCGUUACAGGCAUGACGUGCAUGUGUUGCAAAUCUGCACAGAUAAAAUUAUGUAUUACAAAUAGCAGCGCAACGAUGAUUAAAGAUAUUGCUGAAAUGUCGUUUAUAAGUUACAGAAUAAGGAGCACAGAUAUACGUGACGGAAGAUAAUUCGUCUAGAAAACACGUAUAAUAAUAGAGAUUAUUAUACAUGUUCGUAGAAUCAAUCUUCCUCGUAUGUUUCAACAAUAAGUUGCUUUUGAAAUGACUGAACAGCGAAUAUAAUUAGUUCACAUCCAUCUUGGGAGGAUUAUACGUUUGUUGUAAUAUGUGCAAAUUUUUGCUUUAAGGAAUUUAAUCAAUGAAAAAUAACUGAAUUAUGAGCAGUCAGAUUUUUCAAUCACUUUUUAAAUCUUUGCAUGAUAGGAUAUGCACAUUCAAGUGCAAAUUUCGAAAAUAAAAAGAAAGAGAAAGAGAAAGAUUUCAGUUACCGUUGAAACUAAUUAUAAACGAAGAGAGAAUGUAGGGAUCAAUUCUUUUUAUUAAUAUUUAAAAGAUUAUAUAUCUAUUCUUGAUGAAAAACGUAAAUGAAUAUAUAAACAUAUAUGUACACAUACACAAGGUAAUACUAAAAUUUGACAUGUUCUUCUUUUAGUAAUAAAUUAAAAUGGUGCAUACUUUUUCUUGUUUGCUUUAAUUAGUUGUUUAAAAUUUAUCUUUAAUUUAUACGAGAGUAUCACGUUACGUAUGUGUAAAAUAAUGUAGUUUAAGUAUGUUUGUAACAUCACACGCGGUUUAGCAUUCCUUUUUUUUUACACAUUUCUUUCAUGUAUUAAGCGGAUUUGACAUAAAAAUGCUUGUUGCGAAUUGAGAAGUAGAAUUAACAAAUGUUUGUUAUUUUUCAAUUCUGCCUGCAAUAUUGAGGCCUCAUUCGAACUAAAUGUUGAUAUAUAUAUAUAUUUAUUAUACAUAUAUAUAUAUAUGUAUAUAUAUAUAUAUAUAUAUAUAUCGGUGCGGCUUCACACAGAAAGUUGUAUAAGCUCUAUCUAGAUACGAUUUGAUGGUGUAAAAGUAAGACGAUGUUGAAUGCAGAAAAAUGAGAGACACAAGAAAAUUGCGCGAAAAAACCUCGCAACGAAGAUAAUGAUUUUAACAUUCUCUUUGCUUUUGUGUGACGUUUUGUGUAAACAAUUUAUAUUAUUAAUGUGAGAAAAUGCGAAGAUUCGCCUGGAAUAAAUAAAUGCAAAAAUCAA